CCGCACCCACGUCCGCGGCGCUCCCAUUCUCACCAGUCCAGUCCACCACCAUCCGGCGACGGGAGAGGAGAGGAGAGCGGCAACCGGCGGCAAGGAUGCAGAUCUUCGUGAAGACGCUGACGGGGAAGACCAUCACGGUUGAGGCGGAGAGCGGCGGCGCCGUCGACAGCCUCAAGGCCAAGAUCCACGACAAGGAAGGUAUCCUGCCGGACCAGCAGCGCCUCAUCUUCGCCGGGAAGCUGCUUGGCGACGGCCGCACCCUGGCCGACUACAACGUCCAGAGGGAGUCCACGCUUCACCUCGUGCUGGGCCUCGCCGGCGGGGACAAGGGCUCCUGCUACCCGCCCAAGAUGGAGCCUAACCUGCUCGCCCUCGCGCUCAAGUACAGGCAGCACAGGCUUGUUUGCCGCAAGUGCUAUGCACGCCUGCCCCUCAGGUCUGCCAACUGCCGCAAGAAGAAGUGCGGCCACAGCAAUGAGAUCAGGCCCAAGGAGAAGCUGCGCUACCACUGAAGCAUUGGAAACUUGACCCUGGGAGACAUGCCAUAGCUGGAUUAACUGGGAGUUCAAAGUUUGGUUCGAGUCUUAGCUAGUUUCUUGGAUAUGAAGUUUCAUCCUAGUUAAAUGUUGCUUCUGUAAUCUAGAACCCUGAAAGAUGCUGCUAGUACGUUGCUCUUGUAUUAGUUUCUGUCCUGGCACUUUGCAAUCUGCUCUUGCAUGAAUUAAUGGUGAAAUGAAGUAUUCGAGGUCUACUUGCAUUGAA